CAGGAGGAAAGAGAGUAGGGAUAUCGUCUGAAGGGAAGGGUGAGGCAAGGGCCUCUUUGAAAGAGCUGAAACGGGGGUUGUUACCUGAUGGGUGCCCAUUUUUCCGGAGAUGCCUCUCGAGAAGAUCAGUUUCUUCCUCUGUUUGUCCGUUGGCUUCAUCCUCUGGGUGUGCGAUGGUUUUGCCGGCUGCCGUGGAAUGAUCUUGUGCUGUUGGUCGUCCGUCUGUGCCUCCUGCAGUUUCACCAGCCAUACUUUUAAACCUUGGGUAUAUUUUCACUCCAACAUUCCAGAAUACAACAAGGUGGAGUGUUGGGGGCCACUCAAGGAUGCUGCAGCACCUUCUCUGGGCAUGAAGACCUUAAUAAUGUAAACAAAACCCUAAACCCUCUCUUUGCAACCCCAUUUCCCUCCAAAUUUUACUCGAAAGUUCCAGUACUCUCUCUCUCUCUAGCCAUGGCAGAGCUGGAACUCUUGGAAACUCGAGACCUAACCAGAAUAGAGCGCAUAGGGGCACACUCCCACAUCAGGGGCCUCGGCCUCGACUCAACCCUCGAGCCCCGCUCCGUCUCCGAUGGCAUGGUUGGUCAGACAACCGCCCGCAAGGCCGCCGGCGUCAUCGUCCAGAUGGUCAAAGACGGCAAGAUAGCCGGCCGCGCCGUCCUCCUCGCCGGCCAACCCGGCACCGGCAAAACCGCCAUCGCCAUGGGCAUGUCCAAGUCCCUCGGCCAAGAAACCCCUUUCGCAAUGCUCGCUGGCAGCCAACUCUUCUCUCUCGAGAUGUCCAAAACCGAAGCCCUAAUGCAAGCUUUUCGCAAAGCAAUCGGCGUCCGAAUCAAAGAAGAGACCGAAGUCAUCGAGGGCGAAGUUGUGGAAAUCCAAAUUGACCGCCCGGCGGUGUCUGGGGCGGCGUCGAAGACCGGGAAGCUGACUCUGAAGGCCACGGAGAUGGAGACUGUGUAUGUUGGGGCUAAGAUGAUUGAGGCAUUGGCAAAGGAUAAGGUACAGAGUGGGGAUGUUAUUGCCAUUGAUAAGGCUUCUGGAAAAAUUACUAAGCUUGGGAGAUCGUUUUCGAGGUCGAGGGACUACGAUGCAAUGGGACCGCAGACGAAGUUCGUGCAGUGUCCUGAUGGAGAGUUGCAGAAGAGGAAAGAGGUUGUGCAUUGUGUUACACUUCAUGAGAUUGAUGUGAUUAACAGCAGAACACAGGGAUUUCUGGCUCUCUUCACUGGUGAUACUGGAGAAACUAGCGCUGAAGUGAGGGAGCAAAUUGACACAAAAGUUGCAGAAUGGAGGGAGGAAGGGAAGGCAGAGAUUGUGCCUGGCGUCCUCUUCAUUGAUGAAGUCCACAUGCUUGACAUUGAGUGUUUUUCUUUUCUAAAUCGUGCUUUUGAAAAUGAGAUGGCACCAAUAUUGGUCGUUGCCACCAACAGGGGGAUCACUACAAUCCGAGGUACAAACUACAAAUCCCCCCAUGGGAUUCCAAUCGAUUUCCUUGAUUGCCUGCUCAUUAUAUCAACACAGCCAUACACAGAAGAAGAAAUUUGCAAAAUUCUGGAAAUCAGAUGCCAAGAGGAAGACGUGGAGAUGUCUGAAGACGGAAAAGUUUUGUUGACGAAGAUUGGGGUAGAUACGUCCUUGAGAUAUGCCAUCCACCUAAUUACAUCCGCUGCAUUGGCUUGUCAGAAGCGGAAGGGAAAGCUUGUGGAAAUGGAGGACAUAAGUCGAGUUUAUGAACUUUUUUGGGAUGUGAAGAGAUCGACGCAAUACUUGAUAGAAUAUCAGAGCCAUUACAUGUUCAAUGAAGUGCCGACAGGAGAGCAAGAGGAACAUGAAGCAAAUGCCAUGGUCUCUUGAAAUAAUUUAUUCAGAAAUAUGGAAAUUUGGGAAUUUGUGAUAAUGAACUUGCUUUUGUUAAUUUUGUGCAGCAAUUACUCUUUUACUUUUAGUUUCCAAUUUACUAAAGAUGAAAUUUUUUUGAAAAUUAUUUUUAUUUAUGUAGCAUAUAUGUUUUUAAAAAUAAAUUAUUUAU